AUUCAGAGAGCCCUUUUUCUCGGGGGAUGACUAUCGACGGCGGACCGGUCCAUGACUGCACAUCAACAUUUGUCCUUAAUUUGACAUGAAACGCUUGUGAACCGGCCCGUUUCGGUUCAAGUUGAUCCCAGAGCCUCCGUGUAUCUGCUCGUCAUGUCUCUCGCUGCGGAGGCCUUCGUGUCGCAGAUGGCGGCUGCUGAACCCUGGCCUGAAAAUGCCACCUUGUACCAACCACUGAAGGAAGAUCAGAUUUUGCUGUCAGACUCCGCCUCAUCUUUUGCAGUUCAGGCGUACCUCCGGAUGUGUGGACUCCCAGUGCAGGUGGUCUGCAGAGCGAACGCUGAAUACAUGUCGCCGUCUGGUAAAAUACCUUUCAUUCAUGUGGGGAACCAGGUCGUGUCAGAACUCGGGCCGAUCGUGCAGUUUAGCAAAGCUAAGGGUCACUCUCUGAGUGACGGCUUGGACGACGUUCAGAGAGCGGAGAUGAAGGCGUACAUGGAGCUGGUCAACAACAUGCUGCUCACUGCUGAGCUGUUCGUCCAGUGGUGUGAUGAAACCACCGUCUCUCAGAUCACUCGCUGCAGAUACGGCAAGCCGUACUCGUGGCCUCUCAACUUGAUUCUGGCCUAUCAGAAGCAGUGGGAGGUGCGCAGGAAGAUGAACGCCAUUGGCUGGGGAGGGAAAACGGUCGAGCAGGUUUAUGAGGAUGUGAGUCAGUGCUGUCAGGCGCUGUCUCAGAGACUGGGGACACAACCGUUCUUCUUUGGUAAACAUCCAACCGAACUGGACGCGCUGGUGUUUGGUCACCUCUUCACCAUACUGACCACCCAGCUGACCAACACAGAGCUGAUGGACAGGGUCAAGAGCUACAGCAACCUGCUGUCCUUCUGCAGGCGGAUCGAGCAGACCUACUUUGAUAGCAAGGACUCCUGAAGAUCAGAGCAGACUCUCUCAGUCGCUUCAUAGCCCGUUUUCUCCACUUCUGUCGCUCAUUCCCUCUUUUGUUGCACAAAAAAUACUGUUUUAUGGGAAUCCGGGGCAGCCAGAUCCUUCAGGUUUAGUCAGCAGAACUUGAUUAGAUUUAUAUUCACUCUUUAGUAUUUAAGAUUAAAAGUGGAAGUUCCACAGUGUUACACAUCAUCUUCCCGUUCACUCUGAUCCUCUGAAUCCAUGCUCCUCUGGGAGGCGGCCUCCUGUAAUUCAUGUCCCUGAGCCUUUCCAGUUCACACUGAAGGUGGGCGGUGUCCUCGACAUGACCGCCUCUCAGGAGGCAGAACUCCACUUGACCCAGGUUUGAGGUCAAAAGGCAGGUGAUGCUCUUCCUCCAUGAGACUUAAAGGCCUGCAGAAGUGCAGAGGAUCACUUCUUAUGUACAGACAAAAGCAGAGAUGGGACUCAAUGCUGAUUUCUGUGUGUGUAAAUGUGAAGUGCCUCCAUGACAUUUUCCCCAAUAAAGUGUUGUCUAAACAUC